AAAACUGAAAGCCUGACAUCAACACUCAUCAGCCAUCAAUCAACAAAACUCCCCGGUGUCACUGCUAUUGCAAGCUUCGAGUCUUUUAAACGACGUCCGCGACUCUUUCCCCACGUCCUUCUUAGAAAGUUCCACAAAUCACAAUGAAGCGUUCAAUUGUGUGUCCUUCCUUCCUGGUAUCGGCAGUGUCCGUAUUCUUCUUCAUUGCCGCACCAAAACACGUAUCCGCAUUCUUGUUAGUAAGAUCCCCUGUCAACAACAUUGCAACAUCAUCAAAGUGCUUGCGUCCUACUGUAUUAUUGUACAGCAGCGAAACGACGACGUCGUCGUUUGACCAAUAUUCUCUUGAGGAUCCCGACCAGGAUCUAGCCUAUCAAGACACGCGUUUAGGGACCGGUGAUGUUGCUGCCGACGAUGGAUUGCUGGUAACCGUUGCAUACAAAGGGAGUCUCCUUUCCAAUGGCAAAGUAUUUGAUGAAGGACCCGGAAUAUCGUUUCGCCUUGGCGAUGGAACCGUGAUUCCUGGGUGGGAACGAGGUAUCAUUGGCAUGAAGGUCGGGGGAAAGAGGACUUUGAAAAUACCUCCGAAUCUGGCCUACGGUGAUCAAGGAGCUGGAGGAGGGGUGAUUCCCCCAAACGCGCAUUUGAUCUUUGAAUGCGAGCUCAAAGGAAUUGCCACAAGUCCGACGGAGGAGGUCCUGGUACAAGUCAAGAAUUUGCCACCUCUAACCAUUGUGGCUAUCGUUGUGGUACUGGGCAAUUUUCUUUUGCUAGCUGCACCGCAGUAAACUUAAUACAAUGCAGUACUGUAAAUACAAAGUUGGACAAGGCAACGAACCAGCAAUGAGCUAUUCUACUGUAUUCAACAGAGCAAAAGGCGCAUGCAGCCAUCUACUAUAUAUAAUAACGACACUGCAAAAAAUAAUUUGUUUGAUGAUCCUAUAUGACAAGUGCAUUACUGAAUAGGAAGCCUUGAGGUGAUGUCACAUGUCACCGCUUUAGGAAACUCAGCAAAAAACUUCAUUGGACUCCAAACUUCCGUCCCAUGCGUGAGUGAUAAAGACAUCUAUGGGUAGUCCCUGUGGAUUGAGUUUCAAGGCGUAAGGUUUCCCGUCACACGAUAAGUUACCUGCAAACAUUGCGCAUCGUCAUGGUGGGAUAGCAGGAUUCGAUUCGUAGAGCCGCUGCGCGAUUUGAAGGAGCUGCUGGUACGAAAUACAGCACAUGUGGAGAGGAACCAGCCACGGCCGUGGCUGGUCCCACCCCCGUUGCAGUUGCCCCAACCACAUGGGCUCUAAGCGCGAAACGAGACUCUCAC